UCGUGUUCUCUUGUCAGCCUCCACAGACGCACCCGUCUCUCCUCUCCUCUCCAGUCCCCUCGCAGUCACAACGCAUUUCGCCAUUGCCUAGUUCAAAAAGCCUCCGAAAAGUUCCUGCCUCUUACAAAGCCAGACAGUGCUGCGCCAGCUAGCUAGGCUUCUUCACCAUUUCACAACUCACAAGAGAGCUCAUCAACCAACCAGCUAGCUAGAUCUUCAUGCUCUUGCUGCAUUCCCCAUGGGAGGCACAUGAGGCAGCUUCUUAGCUUGCUGGGAGCGAUCAGUUUCGGUUCUAGGGAGAAGAAGAUGAUGCAGCGGCGCCGGGUGCUGACGGUGGAGCUCAGGGUCAGGAUGGACUGCGAGCGAUGCGAGCGCGAGGUCAAGAAAGCGCUCUCCGGCAUGAGAGGAGUGCAGUGUGUGGAGGUGAACAGGCUGCCGCAGAAGGUGACCGUCACCGGCAGCAUGGACCCGCACACCGUGCUGCGGAGGGCCCAGUCCACGGGGAAGAAGGCGGAGCCGUGGCCCCAGCAGAACACGGGCUCCUGUGCUGUGCGCUCGCCUCGUGGAAGGGAUGAUGUGUCAACAUAGCUUCCUGAGCAUUUCUACAGAAGGUCCAUGCAUAAAUUGCUGAAACCAUGAUCACCAUGAUUGCAAGUGUGCAACAAGUGCCAAGAUGACGACAACGAGGACCUGCCUUUUGUAAUGGUUAUCUCCCCCAGUUUGGACCCUUGCAGCUGUAUUCAAGGGCAGUAUAUCACAGAUAAAAUUCAAAUACAUUUGGAUAAAAGGAUUCAGCUCGAAUAUGAAACACUAGUGCAGAGACAAGCAAAUAUUGGGCAUUUCAAUGGUAAGACACUGGAAAUGUCAAGUUGACACCUAAGAUUCACAAUGUGC